GGUGCAUGCACACAGGGGAGAAGCCACAUCAGUGCUCUCUAUGUGGGAACAGCUUCAUCACGCCUUCCAAGCUGGCCCAACACCAGGUUAUCCACACAGGGGAUAAGCCAUAUCAGUGCUUUACAUGUGGGAAGACCUUCACCCAGUCCUCCACCCUGGCCUGGCACCAGCGCACCCAAACAGGGGAGAAGCCACAUCAGUGCUCUGAGUGUGGGAAGAGCUUCAGUAAUGCCUGCAACCUGGCGCAGCACCAGCGCGUCCAUACAGGGGAGAAGCCAUAUCAGUGCUCUGAGUGUGGGAAGAGCUUCACCCAAUCCUCCAACCUGGCCCAGCACCAGUGCAUUCACACGGGGGAGAAGCCAUAUCAGUGCUCUCAGUGUGGGAAGAGCUUCACCCAGUCCUCCACUGUGGCCCGGCACCAGCGCACCCACACAGGGGAGAUGCCAUAUCAGUGCUCUGAGUGUGGGAAGAGCUUCAGAUAUUCCUCCAAUCUGGCCCAGCACCAAUGCAUUCACACGGGGGAGAAGCCAUAUCAGUGCUCUGAGUGUGGGAAGAGCUUCAUUCAUUCCGCUGAGCUGGCCCAGCACCAGCGCAUUCACAUGGGGGAGAAGCCAUAUCAGUGCUCUGAGUGUGAGAAGAGCUUCAGUGAUUCCACCAACCUGACCAGGCACCAGCGCAUCCACACAGGGGAGAAGCCAUAUCAGUGCUCUGAGUGUGGGAAGAGCUUCAUUCGCUCUUCCUGCCUGGUCCAGCACCAGCAUGUCCACACAGGGGAGAAGCUAAAAUGUUCUGAGUCUGGGAAGAAUUUUCGCAUCCUCUCCAGCUUGGUCCAGCACCAGCGCAUGUACAAAGGGGAGAAGCCACAUCAUUGCUCUUAGUGUGGGAAGAGCUUCACCUACUCCUGCAGCCUGUGCUGAACACCAAUGCAUCUACACAGCGGAGAAGUUACAUUGGUGCUCUGAGUAUUGGAAAAGCUUCACCCAUCUCUCCCACCCAUCCUGGAAUCAGCACAUCCACACCCAGAAGCAUCCCUAAUUCUGCCAGCAGUGAAGGAAGGCCUUGGAGAUGUCUGCGUGCUCAGCACCCACCAGUGGCUGCAUUCAAACAAGCACCCUCAUGCUGGUGGCCUGCGGAAGAGUUCCUCCAGGCUUUGUCUCUUGUAGGGUACAGUGGGAGUCCAGAACCCAGACGCUGGCCCCCAAGGUACGGGGGGGCGGGGCUUAGAGGAAACACUUCGGGAGGCAGAGAUCAGCCUUGAUGUGGGGGAAGGAGAUGAGGAGGAGAUGAUCUUUGCAUCAGCCUUGGAGCCUGUGCAUUCCCCAUCAUUCUCUAAAAGUACUCCCAAGGGAAGAAGUGCCUUCACGCUAGGGUGCCCUCCCCCAGACAGCUGAUGACACCCGGGGACCUUCCUUGGCUGCCUCCCAGCUUUCUCCUUCCUCCUAGUUCAGGGGUCCUGGUAUAUGAGCCCCUGAGUUGCAGGGAGGAGUGCAUUUAUGGCUGGGGAAGCAUUCCCUAUCCUCCUCCCUGACCUCACCUUUCCUCAGCACUACAUCACCCCUCUUCCAGACCUGCCCAUGCCCAGUGGGGUCUGCAAUGAUCUGCUUCUGCCACCUCCGGACCCUUUCUGGCCUGUUUUGCUUUUCAGCCUCUGCAGAACUGUGCACCACAGGGUGAGGGCUGCUCCCCUGCCCUCCUCCCCUUUGUUGUAUUCUCUCUCAUGCAUUCCCUCCUAUUAAAGCCCCAGAACUGGACAUGC